AUGGCGCCCAAAGCUGCUGUUCCCAAGGCUUUGGAGCAAUCUGUUCCUAGUGACAUCUUCCAGCUGACUCACAGCUUCUUAAGCGGUGUUGCUGUGUUUGAGCCAAGAAGGAUCAGCGAGGAUCAAACUGGCAUCGCUCCCGGCGCAGACGUUGCAUCCAAUGAGAUUGGGGAAAGUUCAGUCGGUCCAGACUCUGCUAAAAGCUCAGCUGCUCCGGAUUCUAAGCUGCUGGAGUCUGCAGUGGUGUCGGGAAAAGCGCCUCAUAAUCAUCAAGAAGCACAGGAGUCUGCUUCUAAGGAAGUGACAAGUGACGUUGCUAAUGACAUAAGAAAUGGUGAUUUGAUUGGAGCCACAGGGGCAGGUCAGGAGAAAGGCGAAGAGAAGGGCGCGGAGAUGGGCAAGUGGUCAUGCCUUGGUUGUGGGAAGGUCGCCUUUGAAUCUCUUGAGGAGCAGCGGGCACACUAUCGGUCUGAUUGGCAUCGACUAAAUGUGAAGCGCCGCCUUAGUCAUAAGGACCCUCUUUCUCUGGAGAGUUUUGAGUCCAUGGUGGAAGAGGGGCCGAACAGCGACAUUGAGAGCAUAUCUGGCUCAGAGAGUGAGGAUGAAGCUGAAAGAAGUGGGGCAAAGCAGCCAAGUCAUCGGAGUGCGAGGAUUGCAUUCCAGACCUCAGCAAGCGUUCCUUUCUCCAUUUGGAGGUGCCUGAUUGGAGGGGAGAAGGAGCAGCUCUUUGGCUUUCAUGACAAGGUUCUGUCUGCUGACGAAACAAUAGCCAGCUUGAAAGCGCUUGCGGACCCAGGCCGGGGGCCCUGGGUGGUUCUACUGCUCAGUGGGGGCCACUUUGCGGGAGCGGUGUUCGACUCAAAGGGGCAGGUCCUAGUGCACUCAACGGCCCACAGGUACGUCGUGCGUGCAAAGCAGGGGGGCCGGCAGUCGGCCAAGGACAACACCGGAAGGGCGCCGAAGUCGGGGGGCGCAUCACUCCGUCGCUACAAUGAAGCUGCUCUGGAAAAGGACGUCAGGGACGUGCUUGCCAGCUGGCAGGAGCAUCUUCGAGCAGCCGCCCUCGUCUUCGUACGAGCAUCUUCUGCGGACCAGAAAACGCUCUUUCUUGGCGAGAACCCGCCGCUUCAGAGGGACGAUCCCCGGCUGCGGCGCAUCCCCUUCGUUACCCGACGCCCGACCUUCAGCGAAACGAAGCGCGUGGUCCACCUACUGGCCGCCCUCGACACCCGCCCCGAAAUGAUGCCCUCAUUACCCGCCCCGGAGGCCGAAACUUCGAAACCCGUCCCGAAACCUAAACCUCCUAAACCCUCCAAAGCGGCCGCGCCCGAGCCGGAACCCGCCCCCGAGCCGACGCUGUCGCUCGCAACGCCGCUGCACGUGGCCAGUGAAGCAGGGGACGAGGAACGAAUACAGGAGCUAUUGGAAGGUGGCGCGGACCCGUGCGUGCGGGACGAACGAGGGCGGACGCCGUACAUGGCAGCGAAGGAGAAGGGCGUACGGAACGUUUUCCGGAGAUUUAUGGCGGCGUUCCCCGACCGGUGGGACUACACUCUCGCCGCCAUCCCCAGCCCCCUGACGGAGGACCAGGAAGCCGCGCAGGAGGCGAAGCGAGCGGAAAAGGCGGCCAAGCGGAAGGAAGUGCUCAAGGAGCGGAAGAAAGAAAAGCGCGCGCAGGACGCGGCCGCGAAAGCCGCGGAAGAGGCGCGGAAGAAGGAGGAAGAGAGCGCGGCGCUUGCGGCUGCAGCGGCGUCGGCGGUGCGGUAUGGGAAGGGGAAGGGGCUGAAGGCUGUGCCACUGUCGAAGGCCGAGAAGGAAGAGGCUUUGGUGCGGGCCCGUCGAGCCGAGCGAGAAAUGAGGGCGUUGGCCGCAGAGAAGCGUCUGCAGCCGGUUGAAAGUAGCUCGUCUGGAGUCGGAGAAAGCGCACCAAAGCAGGAGAGUAAACAAGCGAACGUGUGUGACUGCUGUGGGGAUACCUUGGACGGAAAAGUGCCCUUUCAUAGGCUGCAGUUCAAGUAUUGCAGCACGACGUGUGUACGGGUGCACAAACAAGUAUUGGAAGAAGAGGGCUGAAUCUUCAAUCAAAGGAAGCAAAGCAGCCACUUGGGCAACAUCUGAUUCCAACCCGCCGGGGCUUCUCUAUAAUCAGGCGGGCCAUUACGUCGAUUGCGUCACAAGCUGUUUUGACCAACGCAGUAUUAUCCUGUGCCAGUAUUUGGCACGCAUUUCCGAGAAUCGUCAAUCUGCUCUCAUAUGCGCGGAUGCGGGCGGCC